GCGGCGGCGGCGGAGAAGCGCUCCGGGAAACCGAACCUCAGUGGCGCGUGAGCCAGAGGCGGCAGAGCGGGCGUUUGCCACCCCCGGACAGGGAUAUUUCAAGAGCCGUGGAAGAAAAGCAUUCUAGGCGGUGGCAGGAGCGGGAGCCGAUGGCAAACAAUGUCCACCACUAACAACAUCGCUCAGGCCCGGAAGCUGGUGGAGCAGCUGCGGAUCGAGGCCGGGAUCGAGAGGAUAAAGGUCUCCAAAGCGUCGUCGGAGCUCAUGAAUUACUGCGAACAGCAGGCCCGGAACGACCCCCUUCUGGUCGGCGUCCCGGCCUCGGAGAACCCCUUCAAGGACAAGAAGCCGUGCACCAUCCUAUAGCGGGGCCACUUCCCUCGGCCCCCCGCGUCUCUCGGGCAGGGCGCCGGCCCGCCGCGACUGGAAGCCACACCAGCUCUUCACGCCGCCCAGAGGGGUCGGGGCUGAGCACCGAGGGGGAGCCGGCCGUGGGCCACCAAAGCGACCGCCCCGGCAUUUGCGAGCCCCGAGGGCCGGGUCUGCUCCCGG